GGAGAAAGAAUGAAGAUGGGAGGGGAUAAGCAGGAGCUCCUUCGAAGGAGGUUAAGGAGAGAGACGUAGGUUGGGAGACCAGCAGAAGACUAAAACUGCUGCUCCAGUCAAAUCAGAAGGACAGACCAUUUGUGGAAUUGAGACGUACUGGCUGCUAAGGUUCACGAAACAUGGAUACGGUUAGUCGAGACUCAUCUGGCAGCCAUGCCGGCAUUCCAGAGGUGCGCAUCAUCCUGGUUGGCAACAUAGGCUGUGGGAAGACCCUGACGGCUGACACGCUGCUGAAGGACAGCUCGAGUGCGAGCGCCCUAGCGCAAUCACGGUUGAGUGAGGUUCGGCAAGGGGUGUCAGAGGGACGGCACCUCAGAUUGGUCGAGACGCCACGCUGGUACUGGAAAGGCAAGCACAUUGACUCCAACGUGCAGAAAGAGACAGAGAAGGCUCUCAGCUUGGUGGCACCGGGGCCGCACGCCUUCCUCAUCCUGGUGCCCGUAGGACAGUUCACCGAGAUGGAGGGCCGAAUUCCUGCUGAGCUGGAGCGGGUGUUCGGUAAGGGUGCACUGGAACACUCCCUGGUGCUGCUCACCUGCGGAGAUUAUUUGACAGGCCGAGACCAUGAUCGCUACGUGAGGCUGGACGAGCCUGGACUCAGCACCAUGGUGAACGAGUGUGGAGGACACUGGCACGUGAUCAAUAACCGCAGACCAGAGGACAGACAGCAGGUCAUAUCACUGCUGGAGAAGGUGGAGCAGCUGACCGAGAGCUCCGGUGGCUGUUACCGGCCAAGCGCCAUGCAGAGAGAGGUAGAUGAACAAGUGCAUGAGAAGGACCUUGAGCUCCAGAGAAGGUACAGCCUGCGGGAGGAGGAGUUGGUGCGCCCAGAUCACAGCACGCUGACCCAGACAACAUGGAGCAAAGAGGAGACGUGGGACGAGUCCGGGAAGAGAGUGAAGAUUAGGGUCAGGAGUCUGGGGCCAUCGAAAGGGAGGAUGGUAUCACAGCUGGUCAAUGGGCUUCAAUCUCAGUCGUCCUACGAUGACUCGCCUACAGGACUCCAGAAGAAGAGUUCCAGUUUCAAACUGAAUAAAGAGGGCGCCAUUCUCAGUCAAAUGUCAGAAACGGAACAACCAGAUAGAAACCAGAAUAACCAGAACUUCAUUAACACCAUCCGUUACCACAUCGGAACCAUGAGGGACGCCAGCUCUACUCCACCUUCCAUCCCAUCACCGACAGCUGCCACUGCUUCUUCCUCUAAUGCUUUGUCCUCUAGGUCUUCCACUACCUCCUCCUCUUCAUCAUCUUCUGCUUUUGCACCUUCAUCCACCACUAACUUCUCCAACUCAUCCACUACCUUUUCCUAUUCCCCCACCAAUGCCUCCUUCUCUCCCUUUUCUAAUGCCUCGUCCUCUUCCCCCACCAGUGCCUCCUUCCCAUCCUCCUCCUCCAGUACCAAUACCUCAUUCUUGUCCUCCUCCACUGCCUUUUCCUCUUCUUCUCCCAGCACCAAUAACUCCUCCACUACCAUCUCCUCUUCUCCUCCCAGCACCAAUACCUCAUUCUUGUCCUCCUCCACUGCCAUCUCUUCUUCUCCCAGGACCAAUGCUGCCUCCUUAUCUUCCUCCACUGCCUCAUCAUCUCUCAAUGGUUCCUCAAAUGAACUGAGACUGGUCCUGCUGGGUCGGUCUGGAUCUGGGAAGAGUGCAGCUGGGAACGCCAUUCUGGGUCGAGAUGAGUUUAAGCUGCGUGGAAAUGAUGCCACUGGUGCCACCACACAGUCAUGCAUGAAAGGAACAGCUGUGAUUGGACAGAAACGGGUGGCAGUGGUGGACACUCCAGACUGGUUCUGGCCCAGCUGUCCCCCCGAGAAGUUGGCAAGCAAUUUGUCCUCCUGUAUGGAUCUGUGUGCCCCAGGCCCUCAUGCCUUUCUACUGUGCAUUCCUGUCACCCUGCCUGGCCGCUCAAACUUGCAUGACCUGGGCUCUAUAAGGAAUUCCUUUGGUCACAACGCCAUCCUGCGCCGUACCUUGGUCCUCUUUACACACUCGGACAUGCUGAAGGACGUAGACGUGGAGGAAUACAUCGCAGCCAAACGACCAGAGUUGCUCGAGUUGGUGGAGAAGUGUGGUGACAACUACCAUGUGCUGAAGCAAGGAGGGAAUGGAGAGAAUAUUGAGGCGCUACUGGAGAAGGUGGAGCAGGUGGUGAAAGAAAGUGGAGGAGGCCAUUACGGCUACCAGGGACAGGUGGAGUUUGGCAGAGAAAGGACGACACCAUCGCGGAGAGGCCGAGGGGGAGAGGACGAUGUGGACCGAGCCAUCUCAGCCACUCUACAUUCUCUGAGAGAAGAAGAGGAAUUUGAGCAAGAAGAGAAAAAUGCAAAACCAGCAGGAUCCACAGUCUCAUCGGUCACUUCUGUGCUUGGCUCCAUCCUUCGAUUUCUUGGGCAGAAGGCAGGCCAAGGUGCCAAGCAAGUGCCUAAGCUGGUGGCUGGAGGGGCAGUGCUAGGAGGUGUGCUUGGGCUGUAUGUCGGAGGACCUGUAGGGGGUGCUGUUGGGGCUACAGCAGGAAGUGUAGCUGCAGAGUACGGAAGACGAAAAUACAGCAAACCCAAAACAGACUGAUUGAUAGUAAGGGACAAAUUACUGCUGCAAUAAUGCUCAUAGCCUCUGCAAUCUAUAAAUAACUAAACAAAUGCUAAAGCUUUUCUUUGUCAACAAGAGUUAGCAAUACAACUAAAAUGAACAGUUUCUUACAUACCGAACUAAUGCGCAGGUUUGCACUAUACAAAUUAGUUAUUUUAGUGGUUUGUUCAAUUGUGUUUUACUGACAGAAAAUAAAGACAGCUGAUGGAGUAAGGAUUUUAAGAGGGUGAAAACACAGGUACAAGGAAGUGAAGAAAAACAUGCAAUUCUGAAACUCAGUACUUCAUUGUACCCAAGGACGCGUUAUCCUAAUGGGCUUCAUGGGCAGCUGCCCAGGGCCUCGGCCACUAGGGGGACUCGGAGGUAGUGAGAUCGGAAAAUAUGAAACGAUAUUUUCAGAAGUUUUGAUCAUAUUGAUAAAAUUUUUGAUGCAUUUCGUCACCCGUAAGGAAGCCCACCUUGUCCCGUCGCAUAAAUCACCCGUCAUUGUCAAUAUGAUCACUGUCCACCAUGUCUUCACACGCUACGCCAGCUUGAGUUCAAUGAUUUAAAUAAUGACUUCGCUUUCCAGAAAAGUAGGAAAGUGCCCUUGUAAGUUGACCCAUGGCUGUCAAACUGAAUGCGCAAAGCUGUGUGCCACUGCUGUUUGGGACAUUACGUGUGUGAAAGGAUGAAAUGUUUCACAUAGCCUAACAUUUUGAGAUUUAGUUCUGAGAAGCAAGAUAUUUUUCUCUCUGUUAUCGCUCUUUGUUUUCACAAGUUAAAAGUCGCCUGGAUUCCAAAAUGAAAACGAAUGGUUAUAUACCAAAUGAAUGUUCUUGUUCUGAAUACUAAAGAAACUGUUGUCAGCCUAGGUUAUGUUCUUGACAUGUUCAUUGACUCACUCAUUCAAAGGCUUCUUGAGGCUAAACUUUAGUUAACCAGACUUGUUAACCGUGAUGUCUGAUGGAUUUUUUCACCAUGCAAUUGCCUAUUUCACCAUUGCUUUUUCUCGAUUAAAUAGGUGUUGAUGGAAUUAAAGUUUUAUCGUUCAAUAGUAUUUCUAAUUGUGCCACUGUCAUUAUUUAAGUUUCUGUGUCUAGUUAGACAGGCAUGUCUGAGGUGGUGUUUACAUUAGACCGUGUCCGUAUCGUUGUCAUUGCAGAUGCACUGUCCGUGCACAUUAAAACGCCGGAAAACGACUCCACAAGCGGAACAAUUUGAAUCCACCAGGGCCCACGUAUUCAACCCAGUACGUAUCUGAUCCGGUGCUGUGUAAACAUUGAGGAACGAGGAUACGCAGUGCUGAGCUCUAGCUGACGUCGUCAUUGGACAACGUCACUGUGACAUCCACCUUCCUGAUUCGCUGGCGUUGGUCAUGCCACGUUGGUCAUGUGACGCGACUGCUGAAAAACGGCGCGGACUUCACUUCCUGCUAUUUGUGUGUGUACGCGAAUCGUUUUAAAAACGUUAAUCUGAUGAUCCGCUGAUACGGUCUAAUGUAAACACCACCUGAGGGGGUGAAUUUGCUGAGCGCAGUUGACAACAGGCGGGGGUGGGUCUGCCCAGGGCCUCGGCAAGGGUUAACCUGGCCCUGAUUGUACCAAGUCAAAAGAUAUUUCUACUCAAAGUUCCGCUAUUAAAUCUUUUGAAGACUUUAUCUUUGCUGAACAGUUUGGGAUUCACCAUUAGUGUAGCAUCUAUCAUUAAACUAAUAUUAUAAAAUACAUACAAGCUUUGCAAAGCAGUGGUCUGUUAUCUUAUAAUUAUGCUCUUUAAAUUAAGGUGGGGCUCUUUUUUUUUUUGGCUCGAACGAAGCUUGUAGCCAUACCUGCAGCCCUUUUAAAAAAAUAAAACUAAAAACUUCUGGUGUAAAGCGUCUUUAUCAGAAUCUCCGAUCAUGGUUUUGGUGCCGAGCGUGGCAAAAUCUUGAAAACCACUUCACUGCAAAUGGAGUCACUUGACUUCCAGCAAACAUCCUGGUUACACAAAAUUACAUUUCUAAAUUAGAAACAAGGAGAUGUUCUUCCUUGUUCUGUGCUGCCAGAUAAGGAAAAAUUUAUCUAAAUUUACUGAGACAAAACUUACUUUUGUUUUACACGAAAAGUUCCUCAAUUUGUGAGCUGAGUUGCAGUUUUAUCUUGAUUCAGACCCUCAAUUAAUUGUGUAAUCUUGUGCAGGAAUAGGUUCCGUUACAGUAUUUGGCAAGUUGAGAUGCGAUUGUGAAUGCAAGAGGAAUUUCUAACACACAGCCAGGUCCAUAAGUAUUUGGACAGUUACGGUUUUUCAUUACUUUUCCUCUGUAGUGGAUUUGAAAUGAAUCAACAUGUGACUGAAGUGUAGAAUUUCACCUUCAAUCCAAGACAUUUAACAAAAAUAAAACACCACAUUAACCAUUUAAGAAUUUUAGCCUUUAAAAAAAAAAAAAAAAAGUCCCUCCAUUUUCACAGGCUCAAAAGUAAUCGGACAAUUGCCUGAUAAGCAAUUUCAUGGUCAGGUGUGGUCCGUUUCCUCAUUAUUUCAUGACAGAUUAAGGAGUUAAAAAGGUAUGUACAGUGGGGAAAACAAGUAUUUGAUCCCUUGCUGAUUUUGUUGGUUUACCCACUAAGAAAGACUUGAUCAGUCUGUAAUUUUAAUGGUAGAUGUAUUCUAACAUGUGGAGACAGAAUAUCAAAAAGAAAAUCCAGAAAAUAACUUUUAAAUAUCUAUAUUAAUUUAUUUGUAUUUUAUUGAGAAAAAGAAGUAUUUGAUCCCCUAGUAACCAUCAAGAGUUCUUGUUAAUACAGACAAGUUAGACUCUCCAAAUUACCUUGUCACCUAAAUUGAAGACACCUGAGAUCACUAAUGACUUGUAUAAAAGCCACCUGGCCACAGAAUCAAUCAGUUUGUCAGACUCCAAACUCUCCAACAUGGGAAAGACUAAAAAGAGCUUUCUGUGGAUUUAAGGGAGAAGAUUGUAGACCUGCACAAGACCGGUAUGGGCUACAAAACCAUUAGCAAGAAGCUGGGCGUUAAGGUGACAACUGUUGGUGCAAUUGUGCGCAAGUACAAGACUCACAACAUGAUCAUCAAUCGACCUAGGUCUGGGGCUCCAAACAAGAUCUCACCUCGUGGGGUUUCCAGGAUCAUGAGAAUGGUGAGAAAUAGACCCAAUACAACACGGGCAGAGUUAGUGGAUGAUCUUAAAGCAGCUGGGAUUACAGUCACCAAGCAAACAGUUGGUAACACUUUACACCGCAAUGGUCUAACAUCUUGCAGUGCUCGCAAAGUACCCCUGCUUAAGAAAGCACAUGUGCAGGCCCGCCUGAACUUUGCCAAUGAACAUCUGAAUGACUUGGAGAGUGACUGGGAGAAGGUGAGACCAAAAUUGAGCUCUUUGGCAUCAAUUCAACCUGUCGUGUCUGGAGGGAGAGACAUGCUGCUUAUGACCCCAAGAACACCAUCCCCACUGUCAAGCAUGGAGGUGGUAACAUUAUGCUUUGGGGGUGUUUUUCUGCACAGGGCACAGGGCUACUUCACCGUAUCAAUGGGAGGAUGGACGGAGCCAUGUACCGUAAAAUCCUAAGUGAAAACCUCCUUCCCUCUGCCAGGAAGCUUAAAAUGGGUCGUGGAUGGGUCUUCCAGCAGGAUAAUGACCCAAAGCAUACAGCCAAGGCAACCAAGGAAUGGCUGAAGAAGAAACACAUCAAGGUCAUGGAGUGGCCCAGCCAGUCUCCGGACCUGAAUCCUAUAGAAAAUCUAUGGAGAGAGCUGAAGCUCAGAGUUGCCAAGCAACAGCCACGGAAUCUUGAUGAUUUAGCGGUCAUUUGCAAAGAAGAGUGGACCAAAAUUCCUCCUAAUAUGUGCAGAAACCUGGUCAUCAACUACAAAAAACAUCUGACCUCUGUGCUUGCUAAUAAGGGGUUUGCCACAAAGUACUAAGUCCUUUUGGCAAGAGGGUUCAAAUACUUAUUUUCCUCAAUAAAAUGCAAAUAAAUUAAUACAAAUUCUUUAAA